CACUUAGGCUGAGGGAAAAAAAGCGCCGAAUAAUUUCACAAGUAACAAAUAAACCGCCUCGUGUUGACCAAAUCACGUGAAUAACUUGUGAUCCAACCUGCCAGUGCUAUUUAUUCAACAGUCAAUUGGAUGAUGACGAUCAUUAUAUUGCCAAUGGGGUGGAUUGAACGGACUAGAUGUAUUAAUUGUGAACGUGGUUAGCGACCGGCGCGAAAAUGGCAAUGUCUAGUUGGAUGAUUUGGAGUAGAAACCUACGCCCUAACAGAUUACAACGAAAUCGCCAGGAUCAUGAGAACAGUAACGUUCAGCUUGAUCUGUCAAAAGAUCUCAAGGACAACGUCAAAGAAGUCCUGACGAACGUCUGCCUCCGCCAUGGAGUCUCCAGCGUCAAGAAGCUGGGCUACCUGAACGCCCUAGUCCGCCUAGUAACCGAGAAUGACACCACUGAUUACGGUCUCACCCCGGAGCAGUUGUUCUGCUGCCUGCGCGUGGGUCUCGUCCAAGACGCCACCCAGGUGCGAGCAGCAGCUCUCCGUUCAGUCAGAUAUCUUCUGAAGAAGCAGGAGGACGUAGUGACCCUCAAUAAGCUCCAUUACCCCUACUUCAUCGCCCGCAGUAUGGAUAUAAACCUGAGAAACGAUAUGGAGCGAAUUCAAGCUCUGCGCCUAGUCCGUAGAAUCCUAGUCCUGGCGCCGAAGCAUUUCAGCCCAAUUCUGGCCCGUUCCCUAAUCAGCCUGACAAGUGGCGGUGUCGAGGAAAAGGACCGAACAUUCCGUGCUUUUCUAGCGACUCUCUGCGAACUGGGAGUCGUUAACUCACCACUUUUGAUCAGUUGUGGAGGUGUUGGUACGCUCGCAAGAACAGCUAUGACAGGCUUGUGCUCAGCGAUGGUGGAGUCGAUAGUAGGUGUUCUCUUGCAUUUGCUGGGCAAUCCAGAAACAAGAAACAGUGUCUCCCUGCUCUGCCUGGCAGCACCCUACUGCGAGCUCCACUCAUCCCUCAAGGAUCGCUCGAAAGAGAACAGGGAGAGCAGAUUUUCCGCCAGCAAACAGGCCCUCCUGAGCGUUCUCAGGUCCUAUACAGGUAUCAUGAGCUUCUGCAAUCCCCAUGAUCACUCAGGGUUAAAAGCAAUCGCUGAUAUUCUCUAUGUGGAGCAGUUGGAGGUACGGGGAGCUGUCCUAGAACUGCUGUACGAAUUGCUGGGCCUGCCCCUUCCCACCUGGACUGACGAGCCUGACGUGGCUUUAGCAGCAGUCGAUCCCAGCCGCCCCAGGGAUAACUGGAGGCUCUCAGAAGGCUUUGUCACUGCUGAGGGACGAUCUAUUCUUCCUCCACUAGCUUCACACUGCCCUAAUAUCACUGAACUUCAUUUAGCAUUAUUGGUUUACAUAUUUCUCGAGUGUGGCCUACAUCGGGCACUCGCUGAGACAAUCGUCACGUCUGAUACUUUCAUAUCUGUCAGAGCAGCUGUGCUCCUCGGGGCACUUCUUCAUCUGGCUCACUCCCUACUUCCACCAGACGUCUGUGAUCUUACUCCACCACUUCCUAAUUUACUGGAGCACGCCAGUGUCGGGAGACAUCAAGCUCUAGCUGCUGUUGCCAUACUGGGGAGGAUGCACUCCAUGAUGAGAAGGAGACCUGUACCCUCUAGCCUAUUCUUGGAUAGAAUUCUUCAGGCUGGCACUUGGAUGACACCAUGUCUACCCAGAAGACAGAGAACCUCAAGUAAAAUUUGGUUGAGACGUGAUUCUCCAACCACUCCACUUCUGAAAGAUGCUCAAAUUCUGAGUACCAAGGAUCCACACGCCUGGAACUGGCCGGUGAUACGGGCAAUUCUGCGCUCGAGGGUCGAUCCACUGAGAAUUCUACAUGACUCUGAUCACAGAUUAUUGGUAAAACGACUUAUCAGGUAUUUCAAGCCCACGUCAAAUACGUACAGCAGGGUUGACACAUGUGUAACACUUGCCAGGGAGGCAACUCUAGCUGGUUGUGAUUUGGUCAACUGUCUUCUGGAGGUGGCAGAGCCCGAUGGUAUCAGAUUAUUGCACGAACUCAUCAGUGAUAUUGCCGAACAAAUAUCGGCGAUCACUAGUCAACCGUCUGCCCACGAUUGUCUCUUCUCUCCUAAACACAUGACCACCACCUGCUGUCAAAAGUAUUUCCUCUUCCUGGGGCAGUUGAGCCAGUCAGCCAAAGGAACUGUCACUCUCAAGACUUUCGAUCUUCUUGACAAAAUGGAGCAGUUGGCCGUUUCAACUAAUCACGACUGCUACGUUAAGCUCAUUGUUUCCAGUUUGGAUUACACUAGAGAGGGUCCCAACAGGAAAGUCCUGUGUAAAAUCAUAUCAUCGGGUCUGGAGCAAACACGUGUUUACGCCACCCAGUUUCUCAGGCUCAUCCUGCGUGCGAGAAUCACCGACGCCUCCCCGUGGGCGCUGACAUUAUUGACUGAAAGACUGUCAGAUAGUAGUAGAGUUGUUUCUCUAGCAGCACUGGAAGCACUUCAUGAAGCCAGUGAAGAGCCGGAGUACCUCGAGAUACUUUUCAAUCAAGGGGGUAAUAGCAGGGCUUGGGACAAGUGGCUUGAUCAUCUUGGAGAUCGAGGAUACCUUCUCAAUAUCCGGUUCUACUCUCUUCGAUCAGGAUUCAGCAAACUCCCUUCUCCUGUUGAGGAGCUUGAAAAGUGGAUGAAACCCGGUGGCUUCGCCGAGAGGUAUGUGGGGCUCAUCGAGGGGGAGAUACACGACUCAUUUACCAGGAGACAACGGGGUGAGAACGGCAGCUACCUGAGACGACAGACCAACACGCUGGUGCUACCCAGAGACGUUUUCAUUACUCCUCAUCUCCUGGGGCAGCUUGUGCAGCACGAUUCGGGUAUCCAGUUGUUGACGAGGAGGAGCAUUGUCCAGAGAUUGGCUAGAAUUAUUCAGAGGUUUAUUCUCGAUUUUGGAGGCGAUUCUGAAUCGAAUUCAAAAGCCACGAAGAGCAGUAGAUCAGGCUUUGAAGAGACUCACUUCUUGUCUGAAGAGUCUGGUCCUGAGGAGUCCAACGAGCCCAGCAGACUGGAGACAAUCAUCGAUGCCGAGGUGAUGGAGACAAUUCCCACACCCCUCAGACAAGACUCCCUGGCCGACUCCGAGAGGACGACCCCAGAGAGAACAGCUGAUCAUGACACUGUUGGUCCUGAGGCAAGAAUUCUUGCUGUAAAGGCUGCCCUGUGGAGUGCUGGACACUCUGGGACAUCACCAGCUGGUGUUGAACAGCUCAAGCAUCACAAAGUCGUCGAGAUGAUGACAAAUUUAGCUGAGAGCUGUCAGUACUACUCUGUCAGGGCGAUUGCCAUGUACUCACUCAGUUUAAUCAGUACGACUAGAGCUGGUGCUGAUGUACUUGCCAUCUAUGAUUGGCCUUGCGUCAGGUAUAGACGUGGCGAUUACUGGCCCAUUGUCCGACCCACCCAGCGACAACGACUUCCCAGUCCUGUUCCCAUUCAGAAACAUCACAGAAGUCUCAGUGAUGGUAAACCCGAUCUGCCAAAUCCCAUUGGCAGACGUACCAGAUACAUAUCCGAGAGUGCUGCCACUGAUUCUGAAAUCAAGAAGCUGACCUUCAGUGAGAGGGGUGAAACACCAAGUCCAGUGUCCAGUUCCCAGAGACUCAGCCAACAGGAUGCCGAGGGAUACGCCAAACUUAGAAGCUAUAGGAUAAAUAGGAUACCCAGUUUCUCACCCAGUAGUCUUGAUAUGAAUAUCUCCGAUGGACGAUUAUCACUUCAGAAUCUCUCGGAGUUUGAGACUUCCAGGAAUUGGUCUGAUAAUGCCACUGCACUGACACCACCGGCUGUUGUCACCAAGGAGGAAGACUCUGGGGAUACCUGUUACAUGGGUAUUUGUCUACCGAGAAAUUUGCAGAUGAUUUUUCCAGAAAGUCUUAACAAGGGAUCUACUGUCUGUGUACCGUUGAGCAGAAGUGCCGAUGAUUUUAAUCAAGAUGAUGAGGAGUCGAGUUCGGAGAGCGACACGAUAAACCACACGAAAAUUUGUCUGGUGUGCCAUCAGGGGAUGAAGCCACGGGUUGAUGUCACGGAGGACGAUGCCAAUGUCCGAAAGGAAACCCUGAGACAAGCUCAGAGGCUGUCCAACCCCGUCUGGUACCGCCACAGUCGGCAGGCGCUGUUGAGACUCAGACAAAGAUAUCCUGAGAAGUUUCAAGACACGUGUUUAUUCUCCGAAGUAGCUUGCCGUCUAGGAAGUGGAUCGUAUAGACUUCCAGCACGUCGUUUUCUCCAGGAGCUCUUCCUGGACGCGCCCUUUAACCGCCUCUACGUAGAACCAAUGAAUAUUCUGAAUAUGCGCCUCAGCGGGGUAAAUCUACCUCAGGCGAGUUCCACUCGUGAUGCAAACAUAGGCCUACCGAAGAGACGAAUCAAUGGUAAAUCGACGACAUCGGCAGUCCCAUCAUCCUCAUCGGCGAGCUCCGCGCUUGCUAGUGAAGCGAGGGACACUUGUGAAGAUUUAAGGUCCCCAGAGGCAUCCGAUACAACUGAAAAGCUCAGCGAUGAGAAAAUAAUAGCUGAAAUAUUGAAGCCUGCUGAAAGACUUAGGGUAUCAAAGAGUUCCGAUAAUAAAUUAUUAAAAAUUACUGGUACAAACACUGCCAUCAGCCUUGAUUAGUAAUCCAAUUUGUGAAUUGAUAAUGUGUAAAUAUUUUAUAUUAAUGAGAGAUGAAGAUAAUUAUUGAAUUAUAUUAAAUAAAGGAACGAAUUCUGAUAUUGAUAGCAAUAUUUCUGUCACUGGAGGUGUUUGAUAUUUCAAACGCACGAAAGAAAAAAAGUAAUGAAACUAUUCUAAUAGUUCGAUCACUAGGAAUUAAUUUAUUUAAAUACGUUAGAGAAUAUUUUCAAUGUUUUUUAUUUUUGUUUGUCAAAAGGAGAAAAAUGAAAUUUUCAGAAAAAAAUAAGUCGAGUAGUUUCUAUUGCAAAAAAUCAGUGGAAAACGAAUGGACUUCACUAUCUUUCUGCUUAACGAUUAUUACAAAAGAGCCUGGCGUUGCACCCAACAUGAUUUGCAGUAUUUGGAUGAUGAAAGAAUAAAUCGACUUCAACCGAUA